UAGCCUUGUCCUCACAAAAAUGUAGUUCCCAACUUCUCCCCAACACAACCUCAAUAAUACUACCAACCCACACACCUAUCAUUCCCGCUCAUAAAAUUAUAUUACAAAGACAUCUCUCCUUCAAACUCUCACAAGUCCUUCUCUGACUUAAUCAUCAAAAUAUUGAAAGACAAAAGGGUCUGCUCAAAACUUGCUUAUUCCACUAGUUAGAAUCGAAGCUGAAAAAAAGCCUGAUCAGAAUGAGCAGAGCACGGGAGGACAUGAAUUGCAUUUACAGAGAUCCCAACCAACCCGUAGAGGCUCGUGUCAGAGACCUUCUUUCUCGAAUGACUUUGAAAGAGAAGGCUGGCCAGAUGACCCAGAUUGAGCGCCGUGUUGCCACCCCAGAUGCCAUCAAAGACCUCUCUAUUGGGAGUAUACUGAGUUCUGGUGGCAGUGGACCUUUUGAUGAUAAUGCAUUGACAGCAUUGUCAUCGGAUUGGGCUGAUAUGGUUGAUGGGUUUCAAAAGUCAGCACUAGAGUCACGGCUGGGGAUACCGCUUAUAUAUGGGAUUGAUGCGGUUCAUGGUAACAAUAGUAUUUAUGGUGCUACUAUAUUUCCACACAAUGUGGGCCUUGGAUCUACCAGGGAUUCAGAUUUGGUUCGAAAGAUUGGGGAAGCAACAGCACUUGAAGUUAGGGCUAGCGGCAUUCACUAUACUUUUGCUCCUUGUGUAGCUGUAUGCAGAGAUCCCAGAUGGGGAAGAUGCUAUGAGAGUUACAGUGAAGACACUGAAAUUGUUAGAAAGAUGACUUCCAUUGUCACAGGAUUGCAGGGCCAGCCACCUCAUGAACACCCAAAAGGCUACCCUUUUGUGGCUGGGAGGAACAAUGUUAUUGCUUGUGCAAAGCAUUUUGUUGGAGAUGGGGGCACGGAUCGGGGAAUAAAUGAGGGGGAUACCAUAUCAUCAUAUGAGGACUUAGAAAGGAUCCAUAUGGCACCUUAUCUUGACUGUAUUUCUCAGGGAGUUUCCACUGUUAUGGCAUCCUACUCUAGCUGGAAUGGCCGUAAACUCCAUGCUGACCGUUUUCUCUUGACAGAAGUUUUAAAAGACAAGCUAGGUUUUAAGGGUUUUGUAAUUUCUGACUGGGAAGGACUUGACCGUCUUAGCGAACCUCGUGGCUCAAACUAUCGCUUCUGCAUUUCCACUGCCAUUAAUGCAGGAAUAGACAUGGUGAUGGUGCCUCUUAAAUUUGAUUUUGUGGAGGAUUUGAUAUUUCUGGUUGAAUCAGGCAAGAUACCAAUGGCCAGGAUUGAUGACGCUGUUGAACGGAUACUUAGAGUGAAGUUUGUGGCUGGUCUUUUUGAAUUUCCUUUCACGGAUAGAUCUUUACUAGAUACCGUUGGUUGCAAGUUGCACAGAGAUCUAGCCCGUGAAGCAGUCCGCAAGUCCUUGGUUCUGUUAAAAAAUGGAAAGGAUUCUAAGAAACCUUUUCUUCCUUUAGACAGAAAUGCUAAAAGAAUUUUUGUUACUGGAACACAUGCUGAUAAUCUUGGGUAUCAGUGUGGGGGCUGGACAGCUACUUGGUUUGGAGGCAGCGGCAGGAUUACAAUCGGCACAACCAUCUUGGAUGCAAUCAAAGCAGCAGUGGGCAAUGAAACAGAAGUAGUUUACGAGGAAUUUCCAUCAGCAGAAACCUUAGCACGUCAGGAUUUCUCUUUUGCAAUUGUAGCUGUUGGUGAAGAACCUUAUGCAGAGACCCCUGGUGAUAAUACAGAACUUGUAAUCCCCUUUAAUGGAGCUGACCUAAUAAGUUCGGUUGCUAACAGUAUCCCCACAUUGGUGAUUCUGGUAUCUGGAAGACCCUUAGUUUUAGAGCCAUGGCUUUUGGAAAAGAUGGAUGCUCUGAUUGCUGCUUGGUUGCCUGGAAGUGAAGGAGGGGGAAUUACUGAUGUGAUCUUUGGGGAUUAUGACUUCAAGGGCCGACUACCAGUUACAUGGUUUAAGCAGGUCGAACAAUUGCCUUUGCAUAUUGGAAUCAAUUCAUAUGACCCUUUAUUCCCCCUAGGCUUUGGGUUGACAAGCACCAAGGAGAACUCUUCAGACUGAUUAGUUGUGCAACCAAGGCUGGUUAGAAAAAUUGUGUUUCUCAACACCAGUUAUGCAGAAACAGCUUAUCCAUGAAUAGGUUUUCCCUUGGUAUCAAAGUUGUCUGUAUUUAGGGUAUGAAUUCACCCAAUUCCUUUCUUAUUAUUCUACCACAGCCCCAUUUCUACUAAGGCUCAUUGUUAUUUUUUUGUGCACAGUGCAUGGGGUCCAUCUCUGCUUUUUUGUGGAAAAUAAAUUAAAGUUUGUUGAAUAAGGGUAAGCAAUUCGCGUUAGCUUAUUA